CUGAAUUCUGAAAUUGCCCCCUUGAUUUAUUUUGUUAUUUGAUGCUUACAGGGAGAGAAGCACUCCAGGCAGCCUACAGAAACAGCAUAAAGGCCAUUAACAAACGUAAAGCACAAAUAAGAUUAAACAGUGCUAUAAAAUGUUGGAGUUGGCCUGCUGAAUCACUGAAACAAAACUGAAUAUCGUUCCAUUAGAAACGAAUAAAUUUAAAUAUUUAUUUAAAACUUAACGGCAUUAAAACGAAACAGGUAAACCAGAGCAGAAAGUCUUUGAGGCCCACUUGAAAAAGACCCUUCAAAGAUGAAGCUUCUCUUUCUCUCUCUCUCUUUCUCUCUCUGGGACUUCCUAAGAACCGAGAGCCUCCCUCAGGCACACUCGCUCUGUGAGGGAGAUGGGCACUUUCCCAAUUGGACAAAUGGAAAGAAACUCUCCAUAGAAAAUUACUAUAGGCAUGAUACGCCCGCCAUGUCCGUUUCUGGUUGGCUUAGGUUUUAUUCCCCUUGAAGACAUUUCGCUUCUCAUCCAAGAAGCUGAGGAAGAACCGAAGAUGCUUCUUGGGUGAGAAGGGAAAGGUUUUCAAGGGGAAUAAAGACCAAGAAAAUCCGGUGGCCUUUUGGGGGGAAAAGCGCCUUUGGGACAAGGUGCUGAGAUUCUCCAGAGACAGAGUCAGACCUGAGCCGUUGCACUCCUCUGUUCAUUUACUUAGACAAUUUCCUGGCCACCCAUCUCACCUCAGGAUAACUCUCUGUCCCUCCUCCUCCUCCCCCCCCCGCAGGUUCCACCAUGAAGCACCUGAUGGUCCUCCUGGGGCUGGUGGCCCUGGCCGUCCCCUGCCGGAGCCACGACGGGAACCCAGCAAACACCCCCCAGGUCAGCCAGGGGUCUCCCGGAUGGCCGAGUGUGGCUCUGGGCUCGGAGUGGCAAGGAAGCAGAGGCUGGGGACAGGCCGGACGGCCUUGGGGGAUUCCCCCUUGCCAUUCCACCCAGGGGGUGGGCUAACCUGCAGCCCGUGCAGGGGGUCCUCGCUUCACAGGGUGGUGGGCUGCAGUAGAAAGACCCCCAGGGCUGCGGUGAUGGGCCCCCUCUUUGGUGUUUCGAAGGAGCCGGACCCCGCAAGGGAAGCUGGGGAGGAGGAGGAGGACCCCUUUUACAAGAACCCCGUCAACAAACUGGCCGCUGCCGUUUCCAACUUCGGCUACGCCCUCUUCCGUCAGCAGUCCAGCCAGACCCCCUCGGCCAAUGUCCUGCUCUCCCCCUUCAGUGUCGCCACGGCGCUCUCGGGCCUCUCACUGGGGGCGGGUGAGCGGAGGGAGGAUGUGAUCUCACGAGCGCUUUUCUACGACACGCUCGACAAGGCCCACCUGCACAGCACCUACAAGGAGCUCCUGAGCAGCAUCGGUAGCCCCACCAAAGGCCUGAAGAGCGCCUCCCGCCUGGUGAUGGAGAGACAGCUGAGGAUGAGAAUCACGUUUGUGAAUGAGCUGGAGAAAUCCUACGGCUUCCGGCCCCGGGUGCUCAGCGGAAACGCCCGGGCGGACCUGCAGGAGAUCAACCAGUGGGUGCAGCAGCGGACGGGGGGGAAAAUUGUCCGAUUCCUGGGGGAGAUCCCGGCCGAGCUCAGCAUCCUGCUCCUGGGGGCUGCCUCUUUCAAAGGGCAGUGGGCCACCAAGUUUGACCCCAAGCUGACCAAGCCUCAGGACUUCCACCUGGAUGAAGACCGGACCACCCGGGUGCCCAUGAUGUCGGCCCCCAGAGCCAUCUUGAAGUACGGCUUUGACUCUGAGCUCAGCUGCAAGAUCGCCCAGCUGCCCCUGGCUGGAGGGGUCAGCCUCAUGUUCUUCCUGCCCGAGAGCGUCACCCAGAACCUGACCCUCAUCGAGGACAGCCUGACCGCUGAGUUUGUCCGCGACAUCGACAAGCAGCUGAAGACCGUCCAGGCCGCGCUGAGGCUGCCACGGCUGAGGCUGGUGGCCGAGACGAGGCUGGGGGAGGCGCUGCAGGCAAUGCGGCUCCAGGCGCUCUUCUCCACACCGAACCUCAGCAAAAUUUCCGCCAAGCCCAUCAGGCUCUCCCACGUGUAUCACAAGGUGGCCUUUGACCUCGGGGAAGACGGGGCCAGCCCCGUGUUUGGCUCGGAGACAGAGGCCGCUCGGCUGAACUUCCCCAUCGACUACACGCUGGACAAGCCCUUUCUGUUUGUGCUUUAUGACAACGACAGUGGCACCCUCCUCUUCAUCGGAAAGAUCCUCGACCCUCAGCAGGCCUAAAGCGCUCCAAGACCCCCAAGCCGCAGGAGCAAAACAGGGGGGGGCCUCCUUGACUGUGUCCCGCAGCUGGUUUUGCUUACGUGGUCCAAUAAAAGAGCUUCUGCCUUAAA